AUGAAAACCAUUUUUGAGCCUCUUUCAGCCGUGCCAGCUGACCCGGUUUGUCCCACCUCCAGUAUUCAGUUUGUAAAAGCAGCUCUGAAUCAAGUCCUGAAAAAGGUUCAGAAAGGCAGAACAGGUGGGGGAAUUGUUGUUUUAUCACCGUCUGAAACUGGCACAGGCCGAAUAAAGCUCAAACACAGCGGACCCAGAAUCAAAACACAGCCUGACUUGGCAGCCACACAGCCUACCUGCUGGCUUCAGAGCUGCCCUCAGCAGAGCUAAUGACUUCUCUUGGGCUCAUCAAAGUGCUUACUUAGACCGCUUCAUCCACCCGACCAGACUACAACCACCCCCGACACCGCUGCAGAGUCCUGGCACGCCACCACGUCUGAUAGCGAGCGUGGUGGCUCAGACAAAUCUCCGUGGUGAGGUUAUUAGUCCUCCCAGGAGGUCAAAUUCAACUCUGCAGCUUUGACUCAAUGAAUGAAUGAAUGAAUGAAUGAAUAACUGACGGGGUUAACUCUAUGAAUGGGCUCUCAGCCAGGUCUAGUCCUGUGGGAGGGGACACAUGCCGCAGCCUCUCACUUGUUACACCAUCUAGGAAAUAAUUGCUUUGCCUGACUUGGGCGUGUAAUUCAAUUAGAGCAAUAAAGAAGUGAGCAGUUAUUAUUCUCUGGAAGAAACACAAAGAGGAUGUCGAGAGAUGCAGUAAAAUCGAUAGAAGAAGAAGAAGAAAUGAGAAACUGAGAAACCUGUUUAUCUUUCUUUUUUGUCCGUCUAUAAAGGGACUUUUGCUGCGACGUUUAAAGAGUUUCUGCGUCGGUUUCCUAUCACGCUGCACAAAUCGAUGCUGCGAGCCAGUGAGUCUAUUAUUAAAAAUGUUCCAGGCGUCCAUGAGAGCAGCCUGUGAGUGAUACUAAAUAGAUCAGGAUGAGCCCUAAUCCACAUCUGAGUCCCAUAAAAAGCAGACCUCAGACAACGGCUGCCCCCCCUCCGCCUCAGGAUAUAUUUCAAUAACACAAAUGAUAAAAAACUGCAGGAGGAUCCUCCGCCUGGAGGUAUCGCCCAGACAUUGUAAAGGCAGCAGAGGGCGAGGUGAUGGAUGGAGGCGGUGGUGCUGUCUGGACGUCUGCAGCCUCACAUAAAGUUUGUCAUUAUAACCUCAGGAGGCAGACGCAGAAACACAGGCUGGGAGAGGGGAUGGAGUAAAGCAGGGGUUCUCAACUGGUGGGUCCCGACACAAAAGUGGGUCGCGGACACGUUCUGGAUGGGUCGCGAACAGCUGGUCAAAAAAGUAAGUAUUUAGUGACAUGACUUUUAUUUUGAAAAAUAGCUUAUUUUGAAUGUCCUCCUCGGUUUCUUCUUAAUGUGGCCUGAAUGCAGUAAAAUUACAUGUUUUUUAUGGUCUUUUGUGUAAUUUGAUAAAAAAGCAAAUACCGUAUUUUUUGGACCAUAGGGCGCAGUUUGAAUCCUUAAAUUCUCUCAAAAAUUGACAGUGUGCCAUAUAAUCCAGCACCCCUUAUGUAUGAUUACCUGACUGUAAUGUCUAAACUAGGAGUGCCCGGACUACGCGCUAGCAACAAUCAACCAUUCAAUGCUUAAUGCGCCUUACAAUCCAGUGCGCCUUAAGGUCCUUACACAUCAGGUCCAAUGCGACUAUAGAACGUGAAAUUACAAAAUAUUCUGAGGCGAUUUUUGACACGCCUGACCAUACACACCAAGCCCAAUGCGAUUUUGCGACUUUCAGGGGGGAAAAGACGCAUCCCGCGGAAGACUUUUCCCGGGGAAAGUCCCGACUCCUUCGCCUCUGAUUGGCUAGAAAAGCUGGAAACGUCAUCACACGCUCAAACCAAACGGUCAGCACUUAAAGCCAAUCAGAGGCGAUAAGAUAAGCACAUGAAACUAUGGUAACAACCGUUAGCUUACGCUAGCACGGAUGAAAGUUAAAUCAAAGACGUUUAUCAAACUGUUAAAGCACACAAACCAUCGUCAUGUGAGAAAUCCGACGCUAUGACUCUCCACAAGUCGUCCUUCAGGCUGUUAUCUUUGUAAUGUUUGUGUCUUUUAUCAAAAAUCACUCUGUUCUCCGACACGUAAACAAUCAGCCGGUCGGCCAUGUUGGAUAUACCGGUGAAUCAAAAAAUCGACCGUGAGACGAAAAAAUAAAUGCCGCAAUAUCGCAGGACGGGAAAACGUCGCUGAUGUGAACGCUUGUACUGACAGGAUACGGGUUCAAAAAAAAAUAUUGACGUACGACAAAAACUGUCCCGGAGUGAAAGGACCGUUACGUGCGAACAAAGACACAUUAAUUCACAGUACGUCGUAUAAUCAAGUCUGCAAAAAUAUGGUAAAAGUCUGAAAAGGUGGCCAAAGUGAUCAAAUAGAGAGAAAUUGUCUGUUUCUGGUUGGUUAGAUGAAUAAUUAUCAUAGACCGCCGCCUCCAAAUUUGGACUUAACGGAUAAUUGCAUUGGAAAGUUCAUAAAGGGGAAGCAGAAGCAGUAUGAAGGUACGAGAGCUAUUUAAAAUGAUUUUAAAAACAAAAACAUUUCCAUUCUGCUGGUCUCCAUUUUGUGCAAUUUGAUAUUUUCUAUAUACGCAACUUCAGUAGUUGUCGUCCUCAGUUCAUCUCCUCUGAAAUGCACUUUACUCAAAAAAAUUGUGUAUUUAUGUCAAAGAUUUGAGUCUUUAAAGGUUCUUUUUUUAGUUUUUGGUUUAAAUGGACCAUGGGAAAACGUGGGUCCAAGAGAGAGACCGGUUGAGAACCACUGGAGUAAAGGACAGAGUGGUGUGCACCAGCUGUUUCUGCUCAGACAAGUAGUUCUGACUCCAGUGUGCAUCAUAGGAAGAUGUUUCACAUCAACAAACUUCAUGAAAAGGGUGAAAAUACGCACAAUUCCUGCCAACAACGUCCUUUCAAUUCACAAAAACCCCUCAAAGCUGCAUUCAAGAGUGCGUUCAUGGAUCCUUAUCACUUUCCAAUCCAUCUCUAACCUGCCUCGGUGAUCUGACAGCACCUUGCAGAAGUACUGAGUAUAUUUACAACCAAACAACCCAACAGAAACGCUCAUUUUUCAAGCAGGUGCAGCCAAUCUGGAACAAUCCACCAUGUGCGUUAGCUCCCCUAGCCUCUCUGCUCUUUCCACAACCCAGCGAGAGUCAAAAUGACACGUUUCUUCACAGCAAAUUGACGCUAGAUGAUCUUACCUGGUGUGGAGCAGCAAUUGAAGAGGGGAGGCUCUCUUCUCUUUCUAUCUCUGUCUUCCCACCGCAGAUCUUUGCCUCACACACACGGGUUUGUUUGGAGAGGAGGCGCAGCGCCGGGGAAAGCAGUUGUAUGUCCCUUUCGAGGUGUUCCUGGAAAGCGGGGAGAGGACGGAUGCCAGCCCCGGGUACGUGAGGGACAAGCAGCCCCGCUCAGGCUGAGAGAUAGCGGCGGAGAGAGCCUGCAGACCUCCACAGCGACCAGCCCGUGUGUGUGUCUGUGUGAGUGUGCGCUCUCAGCGGGGAGUGCAGCUGCUCCGGCGGACACCAGGUGGCGCUGUGGUUCACUGAGUGCAUGAGCGUGGAGGAGAAGUGUCUGUGACAACAGAGUAUGAAGAGGAGGGGUCCCUGAGAUCAUCCUUUAAAUACUCUCAAAUUAGAUAUGAGGUUAAAAUAAUGAGGCAUCAAGUCUUUUUUCUGAUUCACUGAAAAUAAAAUCACACAGGAAAUAAAAUUCUGAGUGUUUUCAAUGCAAGCAUAACUUUGUACCCUUUAUUUUUAUGUGUCCAACGAGGCCUGCUUUUCUCUUUAAAUUUAAAAAUAAUAAUUUAAUGUAAAAAGAGAUGUUAAGAAAUGCAACCUACCAUUCUGCCUUAAAAAAUGACAUCUUAUUUCAUUAAUGUUUUGCUUCUGUGUACCUUUCCUUGAACAUAUGAAACUAUAAUGCACGGUAAUGUACACUUGAUUUAUUUUACUUUUAUUUUACUUACCUAUUUUAUUUGUAUAAGACGACACCUGAAUCUCUCGCCCAUAUAAAUUUAAACAUAAUGUGUGAGAGCCAAAUGUUUGUUUGUAUGUUUUUUUUUUAUCAUGUGAUUUUAUUUUAUUUUAUUUUAUUUUUUGUUUGUUUGUUUCUGGAAAAUUUAAUUAAAAUAUAUCCCCCCAAAAAAAUGGAAUGCAACCUUUACUUCUCUUUGCAUCAACAAUGUUAGCAGAGUCGGCAUAAGCGAACUAAGCGACUGCUUAAGGCCCUGUGGCCAGUAGGGGGCCCCCAAGAGCAGUCAAAAUUUAAAAAAAGAAAUAUUUUUUAUUUUUUGCAUGUAUGAUUGAUGCUUUCUGUAUGAUCAAAUAUAUAUUAAUUUAAGAAAUAAAAUAAAGUAAAAACAUUUUGUCUUUUACACAACUACAAGACAAAUUUGACUUACCUCACUUUAAAGGUCUUUACAGGACCGUUUUUGUCGUGCGAUUAUUUCAGACAUCAAUAUUUUUUUUCGAACCCAUAUCCUGUCAAUGCAAGCGCUCACAUCAGCUACAUAUUCCCGUCCUGCGAUAUAUUGGGGCAUUUAUUUUCUCGGUGUACGUUUCAGUGAGUGUUCCCAUGUGCACUUGUACAUCUGCUUUUAAUGCUCUGCUUUGUGUAAUUUAUGAUUUAAUUGUGACCUACAAAGGACAAAAGAUGUACAUAAGCUCUGGUACGAUGCAUCAAAUUAAUCUUGUAUACUGUCCCUUAUAAAAAUAUGUAAAUAAAUGGAUUAUAGAAGCUUUCCAUCAACUGCAUGACAUCUAGCUGGCUGGAUGGUGUCUACACUGCAAAAAUUUCAGAUCUAAUCAAGUCCAUUGGUUUUAUUUCUAAUUAAAAUAUCCCAUCAUGCUUAUUUUCACACACUUUCGCCUCAUUUCUGGAUAUUUAAAGCCAAACAUUUCUUAAUAAGUUUACCAAAAUCAGUUUCUCAGUUUGUCUGGAGUGAAAUUUUGUUUACUGCCUGAGCUUCCUUUCACAAAUGGAUGAAAAGGUUCUGGUUCUGACUGCUCAAAGUGCUUUCACAUCACUCAUCACAUUCACCCAUUCACACACUAAUUAUCUAACAAAUAAUAAUCUCAUCAAACUAGUAAUAAAAACAAAGAUAUGAACAUGUGCAGUCGUCCUGCAUCUGUCAUUCGAUUGGCUGACAGAAACACAAGGAGGCUGCUGAUUGGUUUCCUCAUUUGCUGACAGGAGGUGAUAGUGAUGGUUGCCAGGCGACAGGUAAACUUUCCUCCCACUCAUCUGUGAUGAUGAGAAUGCACUAAUUACCUCCACACACACACUCUGAACACCCAUUAUCACCUCUGAAUGAGACUCAUCAGUGUGUGGAGAGGAGGAAACCAUGACUGACCACUGGGUUCUCUCUAGAGGAGCGAUUUAGUCUGGAGGAGAGAGAGAGAGGGGGGAGGUCAGACAGGUGUGUAAGUGUGUGUGUGUGUGUGUGUGUGUGUGUGUGUGUGUGUGUGUGUGUAAAUCAACCACUCUUUUUGAUUCCCUAACUACUUUUUUUAUGUUUAACGCAAAUCCUCAACCUGUGAGGAGUCCUGAUGUCGAACCCUGACAUGAAACACGUCCUGCAGCUUGAGGCUUGAAAUAUGAAACAUGAUCUGAAACUUGAACCAGACCCGGCGGUAUGGGCGGGCAUUUGGGGGCCAUGCCCGCCCACCGAGUCAGCUGUGCCCGCCCUGGACUAAAAACAAAUUUAUUUAUUUUUUAAUUUGAUUUGGGGUUUGUGUGCUUUAACAGUUUGCUAAACGUCUUUGUUUUAACUUUCAUCUGUGUUACGCCUCCGAAUAUUUCGUAAUUUCGCGUUCUGUAUUAACGUCAGUGCCAGUGUGAAAGGACCUUUGGGCUGAUGACACCCAGCUGACACAACCUCCACAACAGCAGAGCCACCUACGCCCACAAUCAUCAAAUCUUUUUAAGCUUUUUAAGACAUCAAAGUGAUGUUUCUGUCCUGUGCGCGCUGCAGCCUCUCUCUCGUCCCUUUGCUUUUCAGACGCACACAGAAACACACACCUGCCUCUUCCUGCUCCUCUCCCUGCUCUCCUCUCUCCUCCUGAUAGUUUCAACCUCUGUUGCACAACAUAUUCGAGCAGGAGCCACAACUUCACAAACUAUUUUUCAUGUUGAUCUGACCUGCAUACGAUGAUGUGAAAGUGAGAGCUGUUUGAGGGGAGAAGCCACACCCAUACUCAGCUGUUCAGGAAGAGGACGUAUAGGAUGUAAUGAGGUCAACGCAGCGGACAGCACAAUUGUCGUCCAGUUUUGAUUAUCAUAUUUUAACGUAAUCACAAUUAAAGACAGAUAAAUCGCCUAGCUCUUCUCAAGCUCCGCCCCUUGGACUUUCCAACCUGUUCAUUUGCGCCCAUGUAAUUCCCUCCCUGACCACCUGAGGGCUUCACAGACCACUCAAACUUUUACAAGGGACUGAUCCUAUUUGUCAUUUUUAAUCGCAUGUUUUCAGAUCCGCUCGCUCUUAUUGGUUGCUGUUAAGGCCUUAUUUCUUCAUAACACGCUUUUAUAAUGUUCUGUUUCUGUUGAGGUUUGCUUAAUAAUCAGAUCUAGAAGUCAUGACUGGUACAUACUGAAGACUGGGUUUUGACGAUCAAGACGUAUUUUCAGCACAGAUGUAUGGCUGCAAAUGAGCAGAGCCCACACUACCUGACAGAUGACACACACACACACACACUCACACACAAACAUUAAAUACAUUUAAGACAAAAGCAACAAUUUUAAAUGAUGCCCUUAGCUGUCAAAGCUGAGCUGCUGCACCAUCUGCCACCCAUAAAGCAUCAGAGAAAGGUAGCGAAGGUCAGGGUAAUGGACUGAAACAAAGCCAACAUGUAUACAUAAAUAAGAACAAGCAGAGGGGGGAAGAAAUCAUGCAUGGAGCACUUUCACACCGCCUGUCAGAUUCAUCUAAAACAGCGCCUGUAAAGACAAGAGCGGGAGGUGUUUGGCACUGAAACGCUGAGUGAUGGAUUGGUUCGUGCUUUCAUUUUCUCCUUUAUCCUCAGGUUUGAUUUGCAGAGUCAAAAACUAUAAAAUAUUAACGAGGAAAUGAGGUUUAAUCCUUUCACUUUCCCAGCACCCUGAAAUGCAGAUUUAUUGAGUCCCUGUUAUUAGAAAUGCAGUUAAAGAUAUUUAUUUCUCCCGUUUCUCUUUUCAGAGAUGAAUGUGCAUUAACUGGCGUUUAAACGGCAUCAGUGGGUUUAGGAGAACUGUACUUUCCAACUUGGCAGGGAUGUGCGAGUUGAUACAGACUGUGCUAUACUUGUGCUGUUUAAUCAUGUAGGCACCAACUGGCUCAGCACGCAGAUAGGAAUGCCAAGUCCUUCACCUUCUCCUCCUCCUCCUCUUCCUCCCACACCGCCUCUCUUGGUACUUCCACAUCAUGGAGCUUCAAGAAGAUUUACAUCACAUCGCACUAUCUGAGGAAAACUGGAGCGUUUCUGCGAGGAGAGAGGACCGGUUCAGCUAAAUCCUUAAAUCAACCCGGAUCUGUGGACCCUGCGGAGCCAAACAUGCAAAAGGAAGUCAACAAACCUUGUGAAUAUCUGAAUCCUCAGGGGGGAAUGGUGACGUAG